CUCGUCAUAUAUGAGUUUCUGAUUACCAUCGGUGACGAGAUCAAAAUUGUGUGGAGGAGGCCAAUUACUGCACGUGCCAUCCUCCUUGGCUCGGUACGAUGGUGUAUGCUCCUCUCAGCUGUCCUGGAUCUUGCGCCGGAAACUGCGAAUGUGAGCCUUAGG